AGAGGUGAAAGUAGAUGAUUUUUGUUAGGCUUCUACUACAGCUACACCUAACCACUCUCACUCUGUUCUAACAUCGAACCUUUCAAAGUAAAAUGGAACUCUUUCUCUCACGAACACUCGCAUACAAACACCCACCGCAUUGAGCGCGUGGUCAGAGAUGACAGCAUAGAAAUUCCACCCGGUAUCCUACAUGCAUACACAAAGCUGUAGCUGUGGUAAAAUAUAACGAACACGGGGAGCUUGGUUCGCUUCGUUGCAUGGGGGACUCACUGCCUAUCCAAAAGGCAGAGCCAGUCCCCUGACCAACAGACUAAUUCAUUUGAAUUAAGACUAAUUCAUUUGAAUUAGUUCAUGGAUUUAAUCAUCGCCGAUGUCACGAGAUACGUAACGGAUACGGGGAUUAAUAUUACAGGCACCGAGAGUUUACACCGCACCCGGUGUACUGACAUUCUCAGCAACGACUCCGUAUAUUAAACCGGUGCCUCGGUAACGAGACCGAGGGAGAACAUCAGUUAUUUCAGUAAGACUGUCGUGCCAUUUCGAUAUACCAUGGUUCCGGGAUUUGAAUAGGUAGGCUAUCGUAACGAAACCCACUGCGAGUUAUUAGAACAAAAAGCGCUCCUUCAAUUUUCUACGCCUGCUUCGCGGCAGCAGGUUGGGAUAAUAGCCACCACCACCAGGAUUGCACAAGUCUCCAUUUCACAUGGGCGAAGGCAGGGCUCGGUUCUGCUUUGGUUGGACCCGGGCUCGCUGUCAAGAACAAGACAAAGGUGUGUCGGACCCUGAUAGGGAACCGGAAACGCGAGAGAGAUGGGCCGAACUGUUCGACCAACUGGACCUCAAUAAAGACGGUAAAGUCGACAUCAACGAGCUGAGGAUAGGACUCGCUGCACGCGGUUUACUUCGCAGUGACGCGGAGGAGAUAGUGCGUGAGAGUGACACCAACCAUGAUGGCUUGCUGGACUUUGAGGAGUUCUCUCAGUACCUGUGGGCCCACGAGAAGGAACUGCGGCUCAUGUUCCACACACUGGACCGCAACCAUGACGGGCGCAUUGAUGUCGGGGAGAUUCAACAAUCGCUGCACAACCUGGGACUGGAGGUGUCCACAGAACACGCCAUCAAAAUACUACAGAGUAUGGACAGGGACGGCACAAUGACUAUCAACUGGAGUGAGUGGCGAGAUCACUUCCUGUUUAACCCUCUUCACAACAUGGAGGGCAUCGCCCACUACUGGAAACACUCUCUGAUGUUUGACAUCGGAGAGCACAUGACAGUGCCGCCAGAGUUUUCCCAACAAGAGCGCCAGUCGGGGGUAGUGUGGAGGCAGCUGGUUGCCGGGGCGAUGGCAGGGGCGGUGUCACGUACAGGAACCGCCCCCCUAGACCGUCUCAAGGUCUUCCUACAGGUGCAUGGCUCCAGCUCUAGGGGGAUCAACCUGUGGACGGGGCUGAGGGGGAUGGUCCAGGAGGGGGGUGUACGAGCCCUCUGGAGGGGCAACGGCAUCAACGUCCUCAAAAUAGCCCCAGAGUCUGCCAUCAAGUUCAUGGCCUACGAACAGAUCAAGUGGUUGAUCCGGGGCAGAAAUGAAGCGGGUACUCUGCGGGUGCAGGAGAGGUUUAUCGCUGGCUCUCUGGCUGGAGCCACUGCACAGACAAUCAUCUACCCUAUGGAGGUGCUGAAGACUCGUCUGACCCUGAGGAAGACUGGCCAGUACUCUGGCAUUGUAGACUGUGCACGUCAGAUCCUGAGGAAGGAGGGGGUGCGAGCCUUCUACAGGGGCUACGUGCCCAACACACUUGGCAUCAUACCGUAUGCUGGCAUAGACCUGGCCGUCUACGAGACUCUGAAGAAUGCCUGGCUCCAGCGGUACAGUAAGGGCUCUGCUGACCCGGGGGUGUUGGUACUGCUGGGCUGUGGUACUGUGUCUAGUACCUGUGGACAACUGGCCUCCUACCCCCUGGCUCUCAUUAGAACACGUAUGCAGGCCCAGGCCUCCACUGAGGGCGGGCCCAAGCUGUCCAUGGUCGGUCAGUUCAAGCACAUCAUAUCACAUGACGGGGUACCUGGGCUCUACCGCGGCAUCGCCCCCAACUUCCUGAAGGUUAUUCCUGCUGUCAGCAUCUCGUACGUGGUAUACGAACACAUGAAGAAGGCUCUGGGUGUGAAAUCGUAGAGAGAGGAAGUGAGAGGCAGAAGAAAGAGAGGGAUAUAGAGUGCAGCUCUUGGAUUUCAAGAUGGAGAGGAAGACAGCAGAGGAUUGAGGUAUAGAAGACCCUUUCAUACACAUUCAGUAAGCUUCCCGUUUACACCUAGCUAGACAGAUAUACUCACUGUUUGAAUCUCUCAGCCCCUCUGACGCUGUACCGUCAUUAAGAAAGAGGGAAGAGUCUGCUAUCAGGCUGAGCUGAUGUCUGUAAGAAAUGGCUGUGUCCGAGAAAGAUUAGGAGGAGGAGGUGUGAGAGGAAGGAAUGAGAGCGAGAGAAAGAGAGAGAGGGGGUGGAAGAGAGAGAGAGAGAGAGGA